GCGCGCGCCUCCUCUCCGCUGGGGGACGGCCGGGGCGCCUCGGGCCUGCGGCACUCGAGCGCUCGGGGCUCCGGUGUGUGCGCGCCUGUCCGCGGGCAGCCGCGACCCCCCGCCGCCCCGCUCCUCUGCGCUCAGCUCCCGCCCGGCAGCCCCGCAGCCCCGCAGCCCCGCAGCCCCGCGCAGAGCCGCGAGCCCGCCAGCGCCGCGGGGAUGGAGCAGACCGAGGUGCUGAAGCCGCGGACCCUGGCGGAGCUGAUCCGCAUCCUGCACCAGCUCUUCGCCGGCGAGGAGGUGAACGUAGAGGAGGUGCAGGCCGUCCUGGAAGCCUACGAGAGCGACCCCGCCGAGUGGGCCGCGUACGCCAAGUUCGACCAGUACAGGUAUACUCGAAAUCUUGUGGAUGAAGGAAAUGGAAAAUUUAAUCUAAUGAUUCUAUGUUGGGGUGAAGGACAUGGCAGCAGUAUCCAUGAUCACACGGAUUCCCACUGCUUUCUGAAGAUGCUGCAGGGAAAUCUAAAGGAGACAUUAUUUGCCUGGCCUGACAAAAAAUCCAAUGAGAUGAUCAAGAAGUCUGAAAGAACCUUGAGAGAAAACCAGUGUGCCUACAUCAACGAUUCCAUUGGCUUACAUCGAGUAGAGAACAUUAGCCAUACAGAACCUGCCGUGAGCCUUCACUUGUACAGCCCACCUUUUGAUACAUGCCAUGCCUUUGAUCAAAGAACAGGACAUAAAAACAAAGUCACCAUGACAUUCCAUAGCAAAUUUGGAAUCAGGACUCCAUUUACAGCUUCAGGAUCACUGGAGAACAACUAAGGAGCAUCAGAUCCUUUAAGGUUUUAGCUUAAGGUCUGCUAAAAAAAAGAAUUAAAAAAAAAAGUUUUGCCCUGGACAGGAACAGCCUCUACCAUCUGCUCUCCAGUAAUAGUUAUGAAGCCAAUAUUUAGAUCUCUUGCAAGGCAGAUGCUAAUUGUAAAGCAUUGAGCAAGCAAUAGUGCCCCAAGCUAUUGCAGAAGAAAAAUCCCAGUAAAGGAAAAAUGGGCUCAGAAUUUUCAAGACCAAUUCAAGCACUCUCCUGGUUUUCUCCUCUAAAUUCAAUGGAACCAUAUGGGGGAAUAUCAGUGAAGAUUUUUAGAGCUUUUGGAAGCCCUUUGGUCUCUGAAUUGUAAUUAGCAAUAAACCAAAAUAAGAAACCCCAGAUGUCAGAUGCUUGCCUUGUUACUUGGAGGACUAAAUGUGGGUGUCACUAGUAUCCUUUGUAUGUUCUUGAUAUCUGCAGAGAAUUUUGAAUCUAUGGAAUUUAUUUUUUCAGUCUUACUUGACAAAUUCCUGUCCUAUAAGUAGCAGGAUACUGUAGGCAGAGAAACUUAAGGCACUUUUGCCACUUGGUAAUGAAAGGGAGGGUGGAAGAAUUAGAAACAGUACCUGCACCCCUAAACCCAUGCCAAACCAAAACCAGAAACUCCUCCUAUCUAAUAUGUCCAGUGGUCAUGGUGGAAGACUUUGUACUGCCACUAAAAUUGCCAAAUUAUUUUAAUAAAACUGGAUUUGAAUACAA